AUGUCGUCGUACAUCCAGGUUGCCGAGGAUGAGGGUGACGAGCCGAUCGAAUUGCCAACCGAGGACGAUAGCACACUCUUAUUGACCACCGUAACCGCCCAAUUCCCUGGGACAUGUGGCCUGAAAUAUCGGAAUCCAGAAUCUCGGACGAUGCGCGGCAUUCGUCUUGUUGACGGGCGCCUUCAUCCUCCAGAAAAUGGAUGGGGCAAGGCGAUUUACUUCUGUGUUUUUCCUAAAGAGAACAAACGUAAAUCUGAUGACAAUUUGGAAAAUUCCACAGCUAAGACUAAAAGAAUGGAAACAAAGUUGCGUUGCACAGACUUGAUCGUACUCGGUUUACCAUGGAAAACCACUGAGCAGAACUUGCGAGAGUAUUUCGAAACAUUUGGUGAAGUACUCAUGGCACAGGUUAAAAAAGAUGCAAAGUCAGGACAAAGCAAAGGAUUUGGCUUUAUUAGAUUUGGAAGUUACGAGUCUCAGUUAAGAUGCCUUGCUCAGCGACACAUGAUUGAUGGGCGAUGGUGUGAUGUCAAGGUUCCCAACAGUAAGAAUAUUGAUGGCUUAAUGAUGGCUCGUCAGUAUGAUACGAGCAAACACAAUGAAUGCUACCGCCCUAUACCGGUUCAUACGCCGAGUAGUCGACGGGUACCUGUGGCGAAACCGUAUAUCAACUUAAAUACAUCCGAAGCUGCUAAUACACCUAGGUACGAUUCGGAGUACGAUUAUAAAACGACGCAUUAUCCGUCGUACCCCCCCAAUUAUCCGUACGACGAUAACAAUAAGUACAAGUACGAGGGCCAGAACUAUAAUGCGUACGAGAAACCGAGUUACCCGUCCUACGAGGAUCCCGGGUACGACACACGUAAUUACAUGGUCCAGCAUACGACGGCGGCAGCGGCGGCAGUGGCAGCAGCCCCAAACCCUAGCACAGCGUAUCCAACCGACACGGAGUACACAAGAUACACCAACUACGAAGGACGCGCUGUGUACCCGGUCAUGGAGAAUCCGGACUACACGGACAAAGCUAGAUACAAUUACGGUUACGAUCGAAAUUAUUACGAGGCGGACGGCCGUUACGCGUCGACGGACUGUAGAUACACGCUGGAUGUCAGAUAUCCGGAUGCUAGACACGCGGACAAUCGAAUACCGGCUGACGGUAGAGAGGCUGAUUGUAGAUAUCCGGUGGAUAAUCGUGACAUGGAUAGAAGAUACACGGUCGAUGGUAGAGACCCGGACGGCAGAUACGCUGUCGAGAACAGAGAAGUGGUAGACGCCAGGUAUCCGCCGGACGCGAAGGAGGUUGACGCUAGGUUCGCCGAUACGACAAGAUACCCGGCCAAAGAAAACUAUUACGACCGUUAUUACAAGCACCGUCCGUCGAGGGAUCACCAUCAAGUACCCUGCAAGGUAUUCGUGGGACGCUGUACAGAAGACCUAACUGCUGAUGAUCUGCGCGACUAUUUCUCCAAAUAUGGCGAAGUGACGGACGUGUUCAUCCCAAAACCUUUCCGUGCAUUUUCAUUUGUUACUUUCUUAGAUCCCGAGGUAGCCCAGUCCCUAUGCGGCGAGGAUCACAUUAUUAAAGGAGUAUCUGUACACGUGUCGAAUGCCGCGCCGAAGUCCGAGGGGAACAAUAAGAAUUUCAAUAAUCAAGUGAACUCGAACAUGCGUAGAGGCGCCCCAGGUCCCGUCGAGAAUAACGUGCCGGGGAACUAUCAGGGUAACCGAUACAUGGGCCACUCAGGUAACAAUAUGGGUCCAAACGGCUGGAACAAUCCAGGGAACAGGGGCAAUCUGGACAUGCCUAAUCUCCAAGCGUUGGGCAUUACCGGGCAAAACAAUGGCGGCGGCGGCGGCGGUGGUAUGUCGAAUCCAUUGGCGAUGGGAGGAUUGAAUUUGUCCGCGUUGCCAGUCAACCCAGCUUUGGUCGCAGCUGCACUGAACCAAGCAUCUUGGGGUCUGAUCGGUAACUUGCAGAAUCAGGGAAACGAUCAGGGCUAUUCGAACCAGCCUGGCCCACCUGGUCAACCACCUUCAGGCAACAAUAGUAUCGGUAACAGUGGAAACUCUGGCUUUCUCAGUUGGAUGAAUCAAGGGGGUGGUGAUGGUAAUACUGGCAAUCCUGGAACAGGUGGUCCAGGUCCGAAUAAUCCGAACGCAUCCCAAGGUGCUUGGCAGAAUCAUCCAGGACAGCGUGAUCAGAAAUCGAACACCUUUCUCAAGUACGAAUAA